AGAAGACCACUACCAUUGCGAGCCGCUCCUCGCUCCUCGCUCGCAAUAAUACCAAUGGACUACUCAACCCUCCCAAGCGAUCCUGAAGGGGCCUCACCAUGGGCAUCAUCGCCCCAACACAAUCGAUCCGCCUUCGAGCAGCCUCCUACUAGUGACAUACCACCUUCCCCGCUACCAACCUCGCCAUAUGGAGAAGACUCGGAGGACCACCAUCCAGCAUUAAGAACGUCGUCAGAGAAUGGAGAACAUGCUUCACAUCAGCAGCAGCCGGCUUCGCCUACUCGCGGUCCACAAGAGCACCAGAGACAAGAGCCUCAGCGAUAUCAUCAUGGCGCUCGCCAGCAGCGCCAACAACAGCCUCAAUAUAAGCUUUCUGCAAAGAUAACGGGGCUGGAGAGGACAGGGCGGAAGGACCCCAUCUUGCGGUUCGACGUAUAUACAAACCUGCCGAAGUUUCGCACAACCCAAUUCCGCGACGUACGCCGUAUGCACUCCGAAUUCGUGAAACUGGGCGAACACCUCAUAUCCGCCAAUCCCGAAGCUUUUGUCCCCGCUGUUCCUCCACCACUGACCUCCGCUGGCGUUGGUACCGACGAAGACGAAGCACGCGUUAAGGCCUCCUUGCAGCGAUGGCUGAAUGUGGUGUGUGGCAAUGAUGUCUUGAUGAGGGAUGAAGAAAUGGUGUUCUUUGUGGAAAGCGAUUUUGGAUAUAGUCCUGUCGUCAGACGGAAGCAACCUGCCACUGGUGUCAAGCGAAAGGUCAUCAAACAGUUUGCACCACCCCCGGAUGACACGCCGGAACUCGCCGCUGCGAGACCAAUUGUCAAAGCAUUCUACUUGGGGACAAUGGCCACAGGGCAGAAGGUGGAGAAGGUUGUCAAACACAGAAGAAGUCUUGGUCUCGCCGAAUCGGAUCUUGGCGUCAAAUUUGCCGCUAUGCAUGUUCAGGAGACGCAUCUCGGUUUGAGCACUGCUUAUCGAAAGCUUGGGAAGGUUAUACAAGCGACUGGCGAUUUCCAUGCAGCUCAGGGUACUGCUGAAGCCACGACUCUGGGAGAUCCAAUGACAUACCACAGCAGCGAUGCGUUCAUCGUUAAGGAGACCCUUACGAACCGUCACAUCCUCCUCCGUGACCUACUAGCAGCUCAAGCAACCACGCGCUCGAAGCUGUCAGCGGCCGAUCGACUGAAGGCCAGCUCCAGUGUCAAGCGCGACAAAGUCGACGAGGCUAUCUCCGCUCUAGACGAAGCGCGCAGUCACGAAGACUACCUUACAAAGAAGACACAACGAGUAACAUCCAACCUCCUGCAGGAGCAACGCAAAUGGUUCGCCCGAUCAGCGUCUGAAAUGCGGAUUGCGAUUCGGGAAUACGUUGUACGCGAAAUCGAAGCUGAACGGCGCACUCUGGCCACUCUCGAACAAGUACGCCCCGAUAUUCGAGCCAUUGACGGCUCAGGUGGGCUCUCUCGCCUCGGCCGUGAGGCACAUCCAAACACGAGGAGGGCUUCUCUUGCCAGCUCACAAGGCCCCAAGGGCGAUGCGUGGUCUGGGGUGCCCCGAAGACCCGGCGAUGGACUCAACAGGAGCGUCAGUGGUGGUCUGGCUGGUGUGCCGGCUGACAUUGACGAAGAGGACGAGGAGGGUGACGGGAAAGGUGGUCGGAAGCGAGCUGUUAGUGGAGCUGGGAGCUUGAAGGGUGUUGGGGAGGAAGACGAGGACAGAAUUGAUGCUAAGAAUGCGGCCAGCCGGUUAGCGACGACGACUUUCUAGUUUUGGAGGUCGUGCUGUGCUAUUGGAGGAGUUUGUAUCAAUAGCUUAGGUAGGCGGCUUUGGCGUGCAUAUUCAAUCUUCAGUCGUGAUAUCAAAUAUUGCAUAAGUCUCUCUUCUGUGUCAGAACCACGUUCCCUCGCUGUGAGUUCGCUCUCGCAUUCGAUGGCGGUUUUAUCUUUUACUUCUAUGAUGUGGAAGCAUUUCUUGGAUUAUAAUUAACGCGGCGCCAAAGGCGGGCACCAGUGUUCUGAAUUACAAAAACGAGCGAAAGGGGACACGAAGUGUAUAAGGCCAUUAAGAGACUAGCAAUUCCUAGACACCUUCUCUUUGCUCACGUAGCCUACUUAUCAAGAAUGAACAACAAAGGCAC